AUGAGCACCGAAGACGGCGAACGCAGUGGACGCCCAAAAGAGGGUAUCACCGACAAAAACAUUAAAAAAGUUCACAAAAUAAUUUUGAAUGACCGUAAAGUGAUGUUGAUCGAGAUAGCAGAUAUUGUGAAGAUAUCAUCUGAACGUGUGCAUCAUAUCAUUCACGAAUAUUUGUACAUGAGAAAGCUGUGUGCAAAAUGGGUGUCGCGCGAGCUCACAAUCGAUCAAAAGCAACAACAUGUUAAUGAUUCUGAGCAGUAUUUGAAGCUGUUCAAGUGCAAUAAACCUGAAUUUUUGCGUAGAUAUGUGACAAUGAAUGAAACAUGGCUCCAUCAUUUCACUCUGGAGUCCAAUCGACAGUCAGCUGAGUGGACUGCACACGAUGAACCGAAUCCAAAGCGAGGAAAAACACAACAAUCAGCUGGCAAGGGCCAGACCAUCAACAGCGAUUUUUAUAUAGCGUUAUUGGAUCGUUUAAAGGAUGAAAUCAUUAAAAAACGGCCCCAUUUGAAGAAGAAAAAAGUGCUGUUUCAUCAAGACAAUACACCGUGUCACAAAUCAAUGAAAACAAUGCCAAAAUUGCAUGAAUUGGGGUUCGAAUUGAUUCAGCAUCCACCGUAUUCGACAGAUCUGGCCCCCAGCGACUUUUUCCUGUUCUCAGACCUCAGAAGAAUACUCGCUGGAAAGAAAUUCAGCGCCAAUGAAGAAGUAAUCGUCGAAACUGAGGCUUAUUUUGAAGCGAAAGACAAAUCGUAUCGCACUCCAAGGCAACUAUGUUGA